AUGGAUGGCGACGACGCGGAUGGCGCUGAGAAGUCGCCGAAGUCGCCCAUCCGGCAGCCAGACUUCGGCCAGGCAGCAGAAGGGACUGGGGAUGCGGGUUCGAAUGAUUUCGAAAACGGUGACCCAGACCGGAAGUCCAUGAUGACGAAGAUGAUGGGGAUGAUGACGAAUAUGACGAAGGAUAUGAACGCGGUGAGGACGGGGAUGGAGGAAGCGCAGACCAACGCGCAGCAGGCCUUAGACAUUGCGAAGGAGACGGAUGCGAAGGUACUGGAGGUGCAGAAAAAGAAGAUCACCAGAGACACUGUGCAGAGCAUGAUCGACGCAUCCAUCCCGGAGCUCCAGAAGGCCGCGAUGACCAAAGACGACGUGCAAACGAUGCUCGAUGAAGACAUCAUGGGCGAGGAAAGUUUUGGAAGGGAGGUAAUCAAGCAGAUUGAACUUCCAAAUCGGGACUUGUUCGUUGAUUUCUGCAUGACUUUCGACCUCUUGGUGGCAAAUACGGUGUUGGACCUUCCCGACACCUUCAAAGCAACCUUCCACGAGGCAGGCGUCAAGCCGAGCUCGCCGGUCACGGGGGAGAACUUCAACGCUUUGGACUUGCUAACCAUUCUGGAUACUAUGGAGCAGGAGCGGAAGGCUCGCCGCACUGGCAACCGGGAAGCGGAGGAGGCCAUCCGCAAGCGGGCCAAACUGUCGGCAAAGCGCGAUCGUGCUGCCUGGCUCGAGUCUCUGACAGCAGACGGCAAGUGGAACUGCAUCAAACAGAUUACCAAACGGAAGCCUUGCCCACAAGGGCGUCUGCGGGACACUGGGGGGACAUGCGUGGCCACGGACGAAAGGGCCGAUACAUUCGCUGAACAUUUGAGCAAUAUCCAAUGGCAUGUUCGUCCCGUCACGCUUACGCCUGGGGCGGAUAACUCGUUGUUCCCGUGGCUGGACAUGGAUGUUGGCCCUUUUACGGAACCGGAGCUUCGUGAGGUGAUCGCGAAGAUGCGUUGUGGCAAGGCGUGCAAGCCAGAUGACAUACCAGCAGAGGUUUCCAAAGCAUUAGCAGAGGAGCUAGGGCAACUUGACUGGGUGCUCGACAUGUGUAACGAGGCAUGGGAGCACAAAGACAUUCCAGAGGAUUGGGCUUCCUCUCGCGUGCGUCUGCUGUACAAGAAGAGCGACCCAGCGCGCUACGAUAACUACCAGCCACUUUCCUUGCAGUGCGUUGCUCUGAAAGCGUUCUCCGCGAUGCUGAAGAACCGCUUGCUCGCUGCAGGCUGCACGCUGAGCCCUCUGCUGUUCGUUCUCGUGAUGACAGCCAUACUGCAUGACGCAGUGACGCUGCUCCCUGUAGGAGCCCGCCGGGCGUACGACGCGGGCGAGCUGGCUGAUUGCGUUUACGCCGACGACACUCUCUUAACCGGCAAGCGGUAUGCCAUGGAACUGCACUGGCAGAAGUUCCAAGUCUUAGCUGUGCGGUCGGCGGGCGACAUCCGCGCCCCCGAUGGCUCGCAGUUGAAGCACGGGGAGCACAUGCAGUACCUGGGCGCGCAGCUCAAGGCUGACGCAAACAUGUACAUAUGGUCCCACUCAUCUCUGACGUGGAAUCGCAAGCUCCGCAUCGAUGCUUCCAUAGUCGAGUCGAAGUUGCUGUACGGGCUCAGCAGCGCGUGCUUCACGGAAGCGCAUUACUGUUCCGACAGCUACAACUCUUCGGCCAAGUGCUUCGCGCCGAUCCCGGUCAUCCAACUCCACGCUUGUCCUUUCGCCGCAGGCACGAGGCCGGCCACAGCGAGGUACGUGAGGCGAGUGGGCCGCCCGCACAAGGAGUUCGUCCCCGAAAUGUCCAAGCACGCGGCGUGCAUGUUCGGCAGCAUGCCAGCGGCGGUGCGGACCGCCUGCACCCCGCGCUCUGGGAGCGCCGAUGCGGACAGCCCGUCUUCCAUCAGUGCCACGCGUGCGCCCUGCUAG